AUGAUGAGCACUUUCGCUCCUGCUCGCCAUCUCACCCGUUGUUGUAUCUCCCGGCUGAGCUGUGCUCGUUUCGUCUCAACUUUCGUGAACGUUGUCCGAGAACAGAAUAAUGCCUAUACUAAGAAUGCCUUGAAAUGCUAUGAGGAGUCUAAGGACGAAGUGGAUAGGAAACUCGACCCUGUAUUCAACACGAAUGCAUUAGUUCUCUUUAUGGACGGCACUGUUGAUGCCCCCAAGGGCCAGCUCAGCUUGAACGUGGUUAAGAUGCUCACAGAGAUCGUUCGUCAGAUCCAAGCUGUACCGUUGGUGACUGUAGACGUUACUGAGCAUCCUGCUGUCACCGGGUAUACUGUUGCGAAGAGUGGGUCUGAGGUUACACCACAUCUAUAUUACAAUGGCAAUUUUUAUGGAGACCAUGACAGGAUUUUGAGUAAGUACAAGAGUGGAGAGCUCAGGAAGAUAGGCACCAACAAGAGGUCGGAGGGCGCCUUCGCUGGUGAGCUCCCAAUUGGUAUAAAUCAAUUCACUGUGUGCACUAGCGGUGAUUAUCUCGUUGCUGCUCUCGUCACGAAUCGAAAUUUCAAGAUGCUGGGUGAAGGAAGCCUUGAGCUAAGGUUAUGA